AUGAAUUUUGACGGCACACAGUUCUUGGGAGUCCCCAUUAAGUGGAUACCGCAUGAUCUGAACACUUCAGAUAAGCAUCUUCUGCAGUAUUUUGAAUCAGUCGCUGCCUCUUCCCUAAGAUGCAUUGGCCAAAGCUCUACAACACUACGCAGCACCUUGAUUCGUAUGGCACUCUCGGACGAUUCACCCACAUCUACCGGGCUAGUGAAUUCUUUACUCGCCCUCGCGUCGCUUCAUCGCUAUGGGCUGCAGCGCCAGGCGGUUCAGUAUAAGAUGGUCGCUCUAAAAGCGAUGAAGGAUUCUGUAACCUCUAUCAUCAAAGGAGUGGAUAUAAGUCAGCAUAUCGCGGCUGGUAUGCUGUUGUGCUCCUUUGAGGUGAGUGACCCUUUUUUGAAGAUGAUGGAUGUCACUCAGAUUAAGCAGGUGCAAACCGCGACGGUCACAUGUGGUCACUGGAUAUCAUAUGUUCAAGGGGCCAAGACUAUGAUAAACCUUGCAACCUCGCCUUCAUUUCUGAAUGCCGGGAGCGACUACUCAGUGUUGCUCCGCUGGGUUCACUACCAUGAUGUAAUGGCACAGUUCAGUCUCCGCCAUUGGGAGGGCUUCGGAGGGGCUUCUCUGAAUACGAAAAAGAGAACCAUCGAGGAUCUCAUAUUGAGGCUGCGCGAAAAUGUAAGCUUUCGUUCUCAAAGUCGCCCAUCCAAUAUUCUAGAUCUCCUUGAGGAGGUAUGCAAUAACGUCGUUGACCCGUCAGAUUCUCGGUACACCAAGGAAGACUAUAGAGAUUACCUCAAAGAGUUAGAAGGGAAGUUAAGACAAGAUAAACUUUCGGAGCUGGAUAUUUCGCUCUGGCCAGCUGAAGAGUGGACAGAGGCUUCCAGGAUGGCAGAGCUGUAUACUCUGGCGACUUUGUACGAGUUUCUAAAGCAGCUGUCCGACAAUCCCGCAAACAUCAUCAUAGGACUUGUACGAGAUACAAGCGUAGCGAACGAUAAAAUCCAAAAGCAGCUUCCGGGAAGACAAAACAUUCAUGUUUUGCAAGGGGACAUAACGGACUACAACUCACUUAAAAUCAAGAACUCUGUCGAAAAAGUCUCCCAAAUCACCAAUGGCUCGCUGGACUAUAUUAUUGCCAAUGCUGGUUUUGUUUCUCCUUGGUCUGAAUACAUCGACGUUGGCGAUUUGGGAAAAGAUCCAGAAAAGUUGAACAAGGACUUGGCAGACUGCUUGAAUAUCAACCUCAUCGGCAAUAUCCAUCUCUUUAACCUCUUCAUUCCUCUUGUACUCAGAAGCAGCAUCAAGAAGGUUGUGACGAUAAGCAGCGGACAUGCGGAUCUUGAUUUGGUCACCAAAUACGAGAUCUCGACAUCUGCGCCUUACACUAUUAGCAAGACAGCUAUGAAUGCGGCAGUCGCCAAAUAUAGCGCCCAAUAUAGCUCUCAGGGAGUUCUAUUCAUGAGUAUUUCACCCGGUGUGGUAGAUACUGGUCAUACUGAUAACUUGACCCCGGAUCAGCUGCAAAGUCUAACUAAGACAGGGUUGAAGUUCGCUGCUUAUGCACCACACUUCAAGGGCCCAAUUAGUCCAGAGGAGUCUGUGAGGCAUGUGUUGUCUGUCAUAGACAAGUCUAGCGUUGCUGGUGGAAACGGUGGAUCAUUCGUUUCUCACUUUGGAAACAAGCAGUGGAUAUAA